AUGGCUUCCCAGUUUCACCAGCUUCGGGUCCUGGUCUGGAAAAAUUGGCUAGGUGUCAAGAGGCAGCCGCUUUGGACACUUGUCUUGAUUUUGUGGCCAGUCAUUAUUUUCAUAAUUUUGGCUAUUACACGGACCAAAUUUCCUCCAAGAGCAAAACAAACGUGUUACCUUGCACCUCGAAACCUUCCCAGUACUGGCUUCUUCCCGUUCCUGCAAACCCUACUCUGUGACACAGACUCUAAAUGCAAAGACACACCCUAUGGCCCACGAGAUCUGCUUCGUAGGAAGGGGAUCGAUGAUGCAGUAUUUAAAGACAGUGCAAUUCUGAGAAAGCCAUCCAACCUACAGAAGAAGCACAACAAUUUAUCACUCCAGGGCACCCAAGUUCCAGAAAGAAGGCACGCAUCACCAGCCACAGUAUUUCCCAGUCCAAGUUCUGAUUUGGAAAGUACUGGAACAGAUACUUUCAAUGGUACUCAAGUCCUUGCCAGGAUCCUUGGUUUGGAAAAGCUGUUAAAGCAAAAUUCAACUUCGGAAGAUAUACGAAAAGAACUGUGUGGGAGCUAUCCAGGAUAUAUUGCUGAUGACACCUUCUCUUGGACCACUCUAGGGAAAAAUGUUUUUAACAAAUUUUGUCUGUCCAACAUGACACUUUUAGAGUCUUCUCUCCAAGAACUAACAAACCAGUUCUCUCAGAUAUCAAGGGAUCCCAAUAACCAGAAGACAGUAUUUCAGGAAAUGGUCAAAGUAUUGUCCUUUUUCUCACAAGUGCAAGAGCAAACAGCUGUGUGGCAGCUUCUCUCUAGUUUUCCAAAUGUGUUUCAGAAUGAUACAUCACUAAGCAAUAUAUUUGAUGUUCUUCGAAAUGCAAACAGUGUGCUGCUGGUCGCGCAGAAGGUUUACCCACGUGUCACAACUAAUGAAGGUUUCAGAACUCUCCAUAAAUCUGUUCAACAUCUGCUGUACACUCUGAACGCCCCAGCUCAAGACGGGAACUCCAAGUUUCUCCUUACCAUUCAAAAUUUUUCUUUUCAUCUUCAGACUCACACCUUGCUCCUAAUACUGGAAAACUUUGAAGAUGCCCUCUUAAAUAUAUCAGCAGAUAGUCCUUAUAUUCCUUACUUGGCAUGUAUAAGAAAUGUCACUGACAAUUUGGCCAGGGGAUCACAAGAAAAUGUAAAAAUCUUAGUUUCCAUUUGCAUCCGUUUCAAUUUGAUGUUUUUGAGGAACCCCCACUAUUUCCUGCUCUUUCCCCCUUCUGGAAAGGUUACUCAGCUUAGAAACUUGACUGAACUUCUUUGUGAACCUGAAACAUUCAAUUCAGUAGAGAAAAUGUGCCAGCUCUCUAAUAUGAACUUCAGGAACCUGUGUGAAGAGAGUGUAUUUCAUGUGCAACUCCUGGAAGCAGCGGAGCUUGGCACUGAAAUAGCAACCAGCUUACUGUACCGUGACAACAUCAUAUCUAAUAAACUGAGGGAUUUGCUUACUGGGGAUCCAGUCAAAAUUAAUUUAAAUAUGGACGGGUUUGUAGAACAGGCAUUGCAAAUGAAUUACUUGGAAAAUAUCACACGAUUAAUGCCAGCCAUAGAAUCCAUGCUGCAUGUCAACAACAGUGAUGACACUUCUGAAAAACCAGGUCAAUUAAUAGAAAUGUUUAGAGAUGUUGAGGAGCUGAAAGAAGAACUGAGGAGAAUGACAGGAAUGUCCAAUCGGAGUAUCGACAAUUUGCUGGCCAUCCCUGUCCCAGAUAAGAGAGCUGAGAUUAUUUCUCAUGUGUUCUGGCUUCAUUCUUGUGAUGCUAACAUGGCCAAUCCCCAGUUGGAAGAAGCAGUGAAGGAGCUCUGCAGCCUGCCCCUUCCAGAGAGAUCCCGUCAGUCUUACCUCAUCGGACUCACUCUUCUGCAUCACUUAGACGUGUACAACUUCACAUACAAGGUGUUUUUCCCUAGAAAAGAUCAAAAGCCAGUAGAAAAGAUGAUAGAACUCUUCAUAAGGCUUAAAGGCAUCCUCAAUCAGCUGGCUUCUGGCACACGUCCACUGCUUGACAAAAUGAGAUCCCUGAAACAAAUGCAUCUGCCCAGAAGUGUUUCAUUAACACAGGCCAUGUAUAGAAGCAACCGGAUGAACACACCCGGAUCAUUUAGUACCAUCUCCCAAGCAUUGUGUUCCCAAGGAAUUACCACCGAAUACUUAACUGCCUUGCUGCCCUCUUCCCAGAGGCAAAAAGGCAACAACACCAAGGAUUUUUUGACUUAUAAGUUAAGUAAAGAGCAAGUUGCUGCAAAAUAUGGAAUUCCCAUACAUACCACGCCAUUUUGCUUCUCCCUUUAUAAAGACAUCAUUAACAUGCCUGCUGGACCUGUGAUUUGGGCUUUCUUGAAACCUAUGUUGUUGGGAAAGAUUUUGUACGCACCGUAUACCCCAGUCACAAAAGCAAUAAUGGAAAAGUCUAAUGUAACUCUGAGGCAACUGGCAGAAUUAAGAGAAAAAUCUCAAGAGUGGAUGGAUAAGUCACCACUGUUCAUGAAUUCUUUCCACCUGUUAAACCAGACGAUACCAAUGCUCCAGAAUACUCUAAGGAACCCCUUUGUGCAAGUGUUUAUAAAAUUCUCCGUGGGACUUGAUGCUGUUGAACUAUUGAAACAGAUAGAUGAACUCGAUAUCCUGAGGCUGAAAUUAGAGAACGGCAUUGACCUUGUUGAUCAUCUCAACACACUAUCUUCCCUGACAGUAAAUAUUUCCUCCUGUGUAUUAUAUGACCGUAUUCAAGCAGCAGAAAGUGUAGAUGAAAUGGAGCAAGAGGCUAAAAAACUCUACAAAAGCAAUGAACUCUUUGGAAGUGUUAUUUUUAAGCUUCCUUCUAACGGAAGCCAACACAGAGGCAAUGGCUCUGAAGAUGUCUAUCUUCCUCCUGUCAUAAAAUAUACCAUCCGCAUGAGCCUCAAGACCUCACAGACAACAAGAAGCAUAAGAACCAAGAUUUGGGCCCCGGGGCCACAUAAUUCUCCAUCACACAACCAGAUCUAUGGCAGGGCUUUUGUUUACUUACAGGAUAAUAUUGAAAGGGCAAUCAUUGAAUUGCAGACGGGAAGGAACUCCCAGGACAUAGCAGUCCAGGUCCAAGCAAUUCCUUAUCCCUGCUACAUGAAAGACAACUUCCUAACCAGUGUCUCUUAUUCUCUUCCAAUUGUGCUCAUGGUUGCCUGGGUUGUAUUUAUAGCUGCAUUUGUAAAAAAACUUGUUUAUGAGAAGGACCUCCGGCUUCAUGAGUACAUGAAGAUGAUGGGUGUGAACUCCUGCAGUCACUUUUUUGCCUGGCUUAUAGAGAGUGUUGGAUUUUUACUGGUUACCAUUGUCAUCCUCAUCAUUAUCCUCAAGUUUGGCAAUAUUCUUCCUAAAACAGACGGGUUCAUUCUGUUCCUGUAUUUUUCGGACUACAGCCUCUCAGUUAUCGCCAUGAGCUAUCUCAUCAGUGUCUUUUUUAACAACACCAACAUCGCAGCUCUGAUUGGAAGCCUCAUCUACAUCAUUGCCUUUUUCCCAUUUAUUGUUCUGGUUACAGUGGAGGAUGAGUUGAGCUAUGUGAUAAAAGUAUUCAUGAGCCUGCUGUCACCAACAGCUUUUAGUUAUGCAAGUCAAUACAUCGCGCGAUAUGAGGAGCAAGGCAUCGGUCUUCAGUGGGAAAAUAUGUACAGUUCCCCUGUUCAGGAUGACACCACCUCCUUUGGCUGGCUGUGCUGUCUCAUCCUAGCUGAUUCUUUCAUUUAUUUCCUUAUUGCUUGGUACGUCAGGAAUGUUUUCCCAGGUACAUACGGCAUGGCAGCCCCAUGGUAUUUUCCAGUGCUUCCUUCCUAUUGGAAGGAGCGAUUUGGAUGUGCGGAGGUGAACCAUGAGAAAAGCAAUGGCCUCAUGUUUACUAAUAUCAUGAUGCAGAACACCAAUCCAUCUGCCAAUAAGACAAGUCCUGAUUGCGUGCUUCCCUCCAACAUUGAGCCUGAACCUAAAGAUGUCACAGUUGGAGUUGCCCUGCAUGGAGUCACAAAGAUCUACGGCUCAAAAAUUGCUGUUGAUAACCUUAAUCUGAACUUUUAUGAAGGGCAUAUUACUUCAUUGCUGGGUCCCAAUGGAGCCGGGAAAACUACGACAAUCUCCAUGCUGACUGGGCUCUUUGGGGCUUCAGCCGGUACCAUCUUUGUUUAUGGAAAAGAUAUCAAAACAGACCUACACACUGUACGGAAGAACAUGGGGGUCUGCAUGCAGCACGACGUCUUGUUUAGUUACCUCACUACCAAGGAGCACCUUCUCUUAUAUGGCUCCAUAAAAGUUCCUCACUGGACUAAAAAGCAGCUGCAUGAGGAAGUAAAAAGGACUUUAAAAGAUACUGGACUAUAUAGCCAUCGUCAUAAAAGAGUUGGAACAUUGUCAGGAGGAAUGAAGAGGAAGUUAUCCAUAUCCAUAGCUCUCAUUGGUGGAUCAAGGGUGGUCAUUUUGGAUGAACCAUCCACUGGAGUUGAUCCAUGUUCUCGCCGAAGUAUAUGGGAUGUUAUAUCCAAGAACAAAACUGAAAGCACAUUUGCUCCGUUUGAUACACCUAGCCCAAAUCUAAAUGCAAGUGCAAUAUGUGACACGAUGGCUGUGACAGCAAUGAUCAAAUCACACCUCCCUGAAGCCUACCUCAAGGAGGACAUCGGGGGAGAGCUGGUUUAUGUGCUUCCUCCAUUUAGCACCAAAGUCUCAGGGGCCUAUCUGUCACUCCUAAGAGCACUGGACCAUGGCAUGGGUGACCUCAACAUCGGGUGCUAUGGCAUUUCAGAUACCACCGUGGAAGAGGUUUUUCUAAACUUGACUAAAGAGUCACAAAAAACUAGUAAUAUGACUCUUGAGCACUUGACACAAAAGAAGAUUGGAAAUUCCAGUACCAAUGGCAUCACAACUCCUGAUGAUUUAUCUGUGAGCAGCAGCAAUUUCACAGACAGAGAUGACAAAAUCCUGACGAGAGGAGAGAAGCUGGAAGGCUGCGGACUGCUACUGAAGAAGAUAAUGGCUAUCCUCAUUAAGAGGUUCCACCACACGCGCAGGAACUGGAAAGGCUUUAUCGCUCAGGUUAUCCUCCCCAUCGUCUUCGUGAUGACCGCCAUGGGCCUUGGCACACUGAGGAAUUCUGGCAACAGUUAUCCAGAGGUCCAGAUCUCCCCAUCUCUUUAUGGUACCUCUGAACAGACAGCCUUCUACGCGAAUUCGAACCCAAGAACAAAUGCACUGGUCUCAGCAAUGUGGGCCUUCCCUGGCAUCGACAACGUGUGUUUGAACCUCAGUGACCCGAGGUGUUUAAAGAAAAACAGUUUGGGAAAAUGGAACACCAGUGGAGAACGUAUCACUAAUUUUGGUGUUUGCUCCUGCUCAGAAAAUGUCCAGGAAUGUCCUAAAUUUAAUUAUUCGCCACCUCAUAGAAGAACUUAUUCUUCCCAAGUAAUUUAUAACCUCACUGGGCACCGCUUAGAAAAUUAUCUUAUAUCAACUGCUAAUGAGUUUAUACAAAAAAGCCUAAUUUAUAUCAACACAAUUCUGAUCUUGCCUUCUUUUGGGAUUAAACAGGUGUGGUACGAUCCAGAAGGCUAUCACUCCCUUCCAGCUUACCUCAACAGCUUGAAUAACUUCCUCCUGCGAGUUAACAUGUCAAAAUAUGAUGCUGCCCAACACGGCAUCAUCAUGUAUAGUCAUCCUUACCCCGGAGUGCAAGACCAAGAACAAGCCACAAUGAGCAGCUUAAUCGAUAUUUUGGUGGCACUCUCCAUCCUGAUGGGCUACUCUGUCACCACUGCCAGCUUUGUCACCUAUGUUGUAAGGGAGCAUCAGACCAAAGCCAAGCAGUUGCAGCAUAUUUCAGGCAUCAGCGUAACAUGCUACUGGGUAACAAACUUCAUUUAUGACAUGGUCUUCUACUUGGUGCCUGUAACAUUUUCAAUUGCUGUCAUUGCAAUUUUCAAGUUACCUGCCUUCUACAGCGGAAACAACCUGGGUGCUGUAUCUCUCCUACUCCUGCUGUUUGGGUAUGCCACAUUUUCUUGGAUGUACUUGCUGGCCGGGCUCUUCCAUGAAACGGGAAUGGCUUUCAUCACUUAUGUCUGCCUCAACCUUUUUUUUGGCAUCAAUUCCAUUGUUUCCUUGUCAGUGGUGUACUUUCUUUCCAAGGAAAAGCCUAAUGAUCCGACUUUAGAGCUUAUUUCGGAAACCCUCAAGCGCAUUUUCCUGAUUUUCCCGCAAUUCUGUUUUGGCUACGGUUUGAUUGAACUUUCUCAACAACAGUCAGUCCUAGACUUCUUAAAAGCAUAUGGAGUGGAAUACCCAAGUGAAACCUUUGAGAUGAAUAAACUAGGUGCAAUGUUUGUGGCUUUGGUUUCUCAAGGCACCAUUUUCUUUUUCUUGCGAAUCUUAAUCAAUGAGUGGCUAAUAAAGAAAUUCAGACUCUUCUUCAGAAAAUUUAAUUCUUCACCUGUAAUUGAGACAAUAGAAGAAGAUGAAGAUGUGCGGGCUGAGAGGUUGAGAGUUGAGAAUGGGGCAGAUGAAUUUGACCUGGUCCAACUCCAUCGUCUCACAAAGACCUAUCAACUUAUCCACAAAAAAAUUAUAGCUGUAAACAACAUCAGCAUUGGGAUACCCGCUGGGGAGUGCUUUGGCCUUCUUGGGGUGAAUGGAGCAGGAAAGACCACUAUCUUCAAAAUGUUGACUGGAGACAUAAUUCCUUCAAGUGGAAACAUUCUGAUCAGAAAUAAGACUGGAUCCCUGGCUCACGUGGACUCUCACAGCUCGUUAGUUGGCUACUGCCCACAGGAAGAUGCUUUAGAUGACCUGGUCACUGUGGAAGAACAUUUGUAUUUCUAUGCCAGGAUACACGGAAUUCCAGAAAAAGAUAUUAAAGAAACUGUUUAUAAGCUCCUGCGAAGACUCCAUCUGAUGCCCUACAAAGACAGGGCCACCUCUUUGUGCAGCUAUGGCACAAAAAGAAAACUGUCCACUGCACUGGCCCUGAUAGGGAAGCCUUCCAUUCUGCUGCUGGAUGAGCCGAGCUCUGGGAUGGAUCCCAAGUCAAAACGGCACCUCUGGAAGAUCAUUUCGGAGGAAGUACAGCAUAAAUGUUCUGUCAUCCUCACAUCUCACAGCAUGGAAGAAUGUGAAGCACUCUGUACCAGGCUGGCAAUUAUGGUGAACGGAAGGUUCCAGUGUAUUGGAUCUCUGCAGCAUAUAAAGAGCAGGUUUGGACGAGGGUUUACCGUUAAGGUUCACGUGAAGAAUACCAGAGUUAGCAUGGAGGCCCUCACAAGGUUCAUGCAGCUGCACUUUCCAAAAACAUACUUAAAAGAUCAGCACCUCAGCAUGCUAGAGUAUCAUGUACCAGUCACGGCAGGAGGAGUAGCAAACAUUUUUGAUCUGCUGGAAACCAACAAGACUGCUUUAAAUAUCACAAAUUUCCUAGUGAGUCAGACUACCCUCGAAGAGGUUUUCAUCAACUUUGCCAAAGACCAAAAAUCCUACGAAACUGCUGAUACCAGUAGCCAAGUUUCCACCAUAAGCAUUGACUCACAGGAUGACCGGAUGGAGUCUUAGCACCUCCAACAAACACGAUCUCAGCAAAGGCAAUGACUUCAUUUUG